AUGGCUGGGGCACCGUCAACAUGUUUGUGUCUAUCUGAUUCCCCCUCAGAGUGGUUGAAUAAACUUUUGUACCGUGAUAGUCUUCACAGAGAUUUGAACUCUACUUUAGAAUUUGAUAAACGUAGUAAAGUUUGUUACAGUGGUACUCGAGAACUUGACUAUCCAAUUCUCAAUGAUGGCUUCAGCUAUGAAAUAGAGACAACUAAAUCAUUCCCUCUACCCCCUGAAUUAAUUGAAAAAUUUUCUACCAUGCAAACGAACUGUUUAAUGGGGGUUUUCACUCUAUGCGAAAAAGCUUGGGUUACAAUUGAUAAUGAAAUAUUCUUGUGGAACUAUGAGGAUGGAGAGGAUUUGGCUUAUUAUGAUGGAGUAAAUGACACUAUUAUAUCUGUGUCGCUAAUAGUCCCCUCUGCCGGUGUAUUACCAGAACAUAUUAGAUUCUUAUUAUGUCUAGCAACUCCUUCAGAAAUUUGGCUUCUUGGUAUGAUGUACUCAACUAUGAAUAGUAAUCAUACACUCAGAAUACAAUCUUCUCGACCUAUUCUAGAAGUGAUGCCAGAUCCUUUAUAUUGUUUAUCUACUGAAAAUAAUUAUAUUUCUUGUAUAGAAGGUACACUGAAUGGCAGGUAA